AUGGAGGGCAUCGAUUUUGAAAACACAGGAUCUGAUUUUGGUGCCGUCUUUAAGGUUGUCAAUUUGGCUGUGGCCGCUAUUUCGGUCAUUACCGGUGUCACUGAAUUGUUUAGCGGUUUUGCGUACUUCCUACAAGGUCUGUACAUUUUGGGCCUUGGAGGUGUUGUCGGCUACUUGGAGUUUAAGAAUCCGCCUCAGCUGUAUGCCUACGCGUCGUCGUUCUUCUCCUUCUUGGGAAGAGGGCUUAUAUAUGUGCUUAUUGCAAUUCUGAAUUUCCACGGAUCUGUUUUCAGAGUUCUGGCAGCGGUGAUUGUGCUGUUGGCGGGAAUCGUUUACAUUGUGCUUGAAUUUAUUCCUAGCAUCCAAGCACCAGAAAACAUGCAGGGAGAACGUGGAUUAUCUACAGAUGAGCUAGAGGAUGUAAUCUAA